UGAAACUGAACUUAGAGCUAGUUUCCCUCGGUUUCUGUGUCACAGACUUAACCGAAUCCGAAGCAUCAACCAUGGCCGUGCCAACCAUGGCGGCCUUCUCAGUCUCAUCACCGCACUCCUUCUGCCCACUUCGUCCGACCACCUUAUUAGUAUACCCACCACCUCCAAUAUUUUCCUUCAUCAAUUUCUCUCUUCCAAAGCUUAACCUUCCAUUGAAGACCAAAAUCCGUAUCAAGUGUUGCGUUAAGGAAGGACAGGCUUCUUCUUCUUCUUCUACAACAGAUCCCAAGGUGGGAGUUGCACUCUACAAACCUAAGUCGUACGAGGUUCUUGUCACUGAUGCCGCCAAUUCUCUUGCUUUUGCUCUCCAAGACGGAAAGACCCGCUUGGAGAUUGAUUUCCCGCCCUUGCCUAGCAACGUAUCUUCAUAUAAGGGAUCUUCAGAUGAAUUCAUAGAUGCAAACAUUCAACUGGCUUUGGCUGUUGUGAGGAAGCUCCAAGAAAGAAUCGAAACCCGAGCCUGCAUUGUGUUUCCUGACAAGCCAGAAAAGCGUAGGGCAUCGGAGUUGUUCAAAGCAGCGCUAGACUCGAUUGAUGGUAUAACCAUAGGUUCCUUGGAUGAUGUUCCUGCUGGUGCUGUCACCUCAUUCUUUAGAUCAAUAAGGAACACACUUGACUUCGAUUUUGAAGAUGAAAAUGAAGGUCGUUGGGUUUCCAAUACACCGCCAUCUCUCUAUGUAUUCAUUAAUUGUAGCACGCGUGAACUUGCUUCCAUUGAGAAGUAUGUGGAAAAAUUUGCAGUGUCAACCCCGGCGCUCCUAUUUAAUCUCGAACUUGAAACAUUGCGAGCUGACUUGGGUCUUCUUGGAUUUGCUCCCAAGGAACUGCAUUAUCGAUUUCUUUCUCAAUUCAUUCCUGUGUUCUAUAUUCGAACCAGAGAAUACUCAAAGACAGUAGCAGUAGCACCUUACAUCGUAAAUUACAAUGGGGCACUGUUUCGCCAAUACCCUGGGCCGUGGCAGGUUAUGCUUAAACAAGCAGAUGGUUCUUUCGCUUGUGUAGCAGAGAGUGCAACUCGGUUCACACUCGGUGAAGUUAAAGAAGAAUUGCUGAGGGUCCUCGGGCUACAAGAGGAACAAGGAAGCUCGCUAGAAUUUCUUCGCAGAGGCUACAAGGCAGCUACCUGGUGGGAAGAAGAUGUUGAAUCAGAAGUAUCUUCUGAAUGGCGCAGCUGAGAGGCAUCAACAGAAAGGUAACAAAACAUAUAGAAACUUGUCGCUCUUUGUUGAGAUAAUCUGUCAGAGGCAUGGCUUGAGUUUCUUUCCUUAUACUUGUAAGUUGAAAACUUGAAAUGUAGUCAUUUUCUUGUUUACUUCAGGAUGAAAGUGAUUGAACUUUUGCGGGAUAUAUAGGAUAUCUAAAAAACUCUCAUUCUUCGUUGAGUUGCAUAGAAAGUAUAUGGAAA